UACCACGCGGCCUUGGAUUUAUUGUGCUUGUGCCUUAACCAAAUAAUUCAUCCAAUUUGAGCCAGCUGAGAGAGAGAGAGAGAGAGAGAGAGAGAGAGAGAGAGAGAGAGAGAGAGAGAGAGAGAGAGAGAGCAUAGGUUUGUGAUGUCAUGUUAAACCGUUAGUUUUCCGAGAGAUGAAAAUGAUCAUGCAAUUCUGGUUAAUUGAGAGCCUAUUAGCAUGCAUUCCUUGCCCUCUUCUCUUUGCCAAUUUCUUUCCUCUUUUUAAAUAACACUUGCAAAGCUUAGAACUUGCAUCACCAUUACAUAAUUAUUCUCUUUCACCUCUCUCUCUCUCUCUCUCUCUCUCUCUCUCUCUCUCUCUAUGGGAAGGCCGCCUUGCUGCGAUAAAUCGAAUGUGAAACGAGGCCUCUGGACUGCCGCAGAGGAUGCAAAAAUUCUUGCAUAUGUAUCGAAAUAUGGUGUCGGAAAUUGGACAUUGGUUCCUAAAAAAGCAGGACUCAACAGAUGUGGGAAGAGUUGCAGGCUUCGGUGGACUAAUUACCUGAGGCCUGACCUCAAGCAUGACAACUUCACUCCUCAAGAGGAACAACAUAUCAUUAACCUUCACAAGGCCAUCGGAAGCAGGUGGUCUCACAUUGCCAAGCAACUACCAGGAAGAACAGACAAUGACGUCAAAAACUACUGGAACACCAAGCUCAAAAAGAAGCUUUCCAAAAUGGGAAUUGACCCUGUCACCCACAAACCCUACUCCCAGAUCCUCUCCGACUACGGAAACAUCAGCGGCCUCCCAACCGCUGCCGGAAAUCAAUUAUCGUACUUCUUUAAGUUCUCAAAUAGGGCAUUCGCACCCGAACCAGAGCCUUCUUCCGGCAUCACAGGAAUCCCAUAUACCCCCUUUUUAAAUGAAGUAACCUCCUCUUGCUCCUCAUCAUCCUCUCCUCGUGCCACAGAUCAUCAAUUAAUUUCUCAACCAACUUACGCGUGCCGGGAAUCACACGAGGCUCAGGUUACGCCGUCUUCUUCUCCGUUUAACUGGAGUGAGUUUCUUCUCCAUGAUCCUUUUGCAUCAGCUGAUCCUUUUGCAUCAGCUGAUCAUUUGAAGCAAGAACAAGAUUUGCAUGACGUGGUGAUGUCAGCUUUAGAAAACCCUAAACUUGGAGUGCAAGGCAACUCUGAUGCAAUUGAGGGAUGUGAUUUCGGAGGUCAGAGGAGCAAUGGCUUGCUUGAUCAGCAAGCUUCUUCGUCUUCCAUGAGUUCGUUUGUGGAGACUAUCUUGGAUCAAGACAGUGAGAUGCAGGCAGCUUUUCCUCAACUUUUGGAUGCUUCUUUCGAUUAUUAA